CAGAAGCGGCGCCGGGGGCAACGGAGGCGCCGGAGAUGACUGAUGUCCCGGAAGUGAAGGAGGCACCGGGAGAAACAGAGGCACCCGAGGAUACAGAGGCCUCCGACGAGACAGAUGUAUUGGAAGUAACGGGUUUAAGUAAUGGACCGGAGGUAAAAGACUUACCAGAGGCAGCAGAACUUAUCGAAGCAGAGGAAUACAGUGUGCCCACGGAUGAAGAGUCUUCGAAACUAUUUUCUGGAAACCUUCCGGAAGAUGUGUCAGAGACGCAAGGAUCACUGGAUUCGGUGACGGUGGAGAAAACACUGGGUAACGAAAAGGAAGACUCCUUAGACGACAACCAGAACAAGGAGACGGACGAUUCUGAAGCGGAGGAUAUGACGGAGGAAGGAAACGCGUCAAGGGAGGAGGAGGAUAACAAUGAUGACGAUGAUCUCAUUGAAGAAAGAAAAGACGUCAAGGGCGGUGACGGUAAUGAGGAAGAUGAUGUGGGACCCAUCGCUUUGGAUAACGGAGAGGUCGUCGCAGCUGAUAAUGAAGAGGGUGCCGCUGCUGAUAAUGAAGAGGGUGUCAUUGCCGAGAAGGAAGAAGGCAAGGCUGUGGACGAACCUAGCCCAGGGGCCCAAGAGGGAACAGCACUAUCCCCCGCAGAUGACAGAGAGGCCGGCCAAGAGGACACAAAGUCCCCCUUACAGUGGACGAAUCAAGAG